AUGGGCUCAUAUUCUGUCCGAAGGGGUGAUCGACCACCAAGUAAAGAAGUUGCGGAUGAGAUAGAUGAAGAUACAGUGGAAGAAAGUGAUAGGGAUGAACAUGAUGAGACUAAGUAUAGUCAUGAAACAAAAGGUGAUGAGGUUGAUGACGAGAAUAAUGAUAAGGAUGAUGCAGAGAUAACUAGCUACGAGCAUGACAACGAGAACGAUGAUAAUGAUGAUGAAGAGCAUAAUAACAAGGACAGUAAUAUAGAGUAUAAAGAAAAAAUGGUGGUUGAAGCAAGUGACAGCCCCGGACAACCGAUUGAUCCACAUCUUCUAUGCUAUUAUGGAGACCACAUUGGCGACCACAUUGCACGAGUAGUAUGGGAAAACUCGAAUCCAAGGAAAAACCCAAGGUCGUUGCUGAAUAUCCAUCAACACCAAGACAUGGUAAAAAUAAUGUGGCCAAUUGAUAAAGAAUAUGCAAAAGUUCAAGAGUAUGUGCAAAACAGUGGUUUCUAUCCGUUAAUCAAGUAUGGCCAUCAUAAGAUUGAUCGCGCUCUUAUCAAUGUAUUUCGUGAGCGUUGGUAUCCAGAGACCAAUACGUAUCAUCUACCUUUUGGUGAAAUGACUCCAACAAUUGAGGAUGUUGAGCGCAUCACCGGGUUACCUUCUAAAGGAGAAGAAGUUUAUACAGUAUACUCGGGUAAGACUAUGACUUCGCAAUUUAUGUUUGAUUUGAUUAAAAGAACUCUUGGAAAAACUGAGGCAGAAAUUAAGAAAGAAGGGGCAUUAUGUGGAACCCCGAAGCAACAAGAAAAUAAAUCGAAGCUUAAUUGA